AUGGCUGAACACGGACAAGAUACAUUCAUGAAGUACAUGAAGAACAUGGAGGACAUUAAAAAUGCCAUUGUCAGUGGUGAAGCUUUGGAAGUGAUUGUUGGAAGGGCCCGAGCCCAAGGAGUUCAGUUUGAAUCAGAUGUAGUCCUAGAUAUGGUCACUGAUAAGAACAACAAUGAACCCCACUUGCUGAAGGAUGACAGUUGCCAAAAAGAUGACGUCAAUGUGAAGUCUGCAUCGGACACUGAACAUACUGAAGCAUGUGAUGAGACAUCGGACUUCCUUCCUGAUUUGAAAACCACUUCCUCAUACCAGGCGCCUGAUCAAGUAGAGGGGAAUGUUNGUGGGAGACCCAAAGGUUCAAAUCAGUCUGUCACGGGUAUUAGAAAGAAGUGUGAAAAGAAAUCAACAAAACGAGAACGAAGUGUCAGCAAAGACAAGAAACAGGACGAAAGGAAGACCAAAACACGCAAGAUAGAUGACCUGAUUGCUGAUACUGUUGCUCCCCGUCAGAGUCGACUUGUGAAAAAAUUACGUGCAAUUUUAGUGGAAGAACUUCUCAGCCUGUAUGAUGAAAGCAAAAAACAUAACAUUCAAGCAACAUUUCACCAGCUAACUCAUUGCAUGUCGAGAGAGGAUAAUGGGCCGUAUUCGUUUCUGAAUGAUUUAUCGAUCAAUGAAGAUGACGUUUGUGAUUUAGGGGCAUACAUUUUAUCAAAACUGAAAGCUGUGAGGGAUAAUGAUUAUCACAAAGAAACAUUGAUGAUCGUCUCAACUUUGCUGCUCAAAUCUUUCAAAUUUGGUAUGGACCCAGCUGCCCUUAUUCAAAGUUUAGAGGAGAUGCCAAGCCAUUUGCAGGAUGCACCUGCAUAUGUGAAAUAUGCCGAAGAGAGAGGAGCUGAAACCACGGCACAGAAGACGGUACAUGUCGGAACCAGCAAUCUGCAGACAGAAGACCUUGGUACCCUUCAACCUGGCAAGUGGCUGAGUGAUCAGGUUAUCCAUGCAUACCUUGAUAUCCUGGCUGAAAAGGUCGAUGUCGAGAAAUCAACCACUGUAAAGAUUCUCCCUAGUUUCCUUGCCAGCAAGUGGGAGAAAGGCGACUUAUACUCCUGGUUGUAUGAAAAGGUACCACUGGAGAGCCUCCACUGGGUUCUAAUCCCAAUUUGCCUCAAUGGAAUGGGCGCAGAAUAGAGUUGAUGUGUACUUAAAGUCUUGGAGGUGAGAAAGUUUUGCGAUCAUGUGGUGUCUCUCACCACAUAAUGUUAGUUAGCGUUAGAAAUUCAUAGUAUAAGUGCCAAAGUCCUAAGAAUUUUCUAGUAGUUUUUUACCUCUAAAUAAUUUGGGGCUUUCUUCUUUUUCAUAGGUUGUUCAUGGCUGCUCGUGGAACAACCAGAGAGUGGACUACUGUUGACUACCCAAGUAACAAGCAAACAGACGGACACAGUUGUGGGAUAUCUGUUCUGAUGGUGAAUAUCACUGUAUAUCGGUCAGUGAAAGAUCAGGGGGGUUAAAAUGCGAAAUUGCGUGAAAAUUCCAAUGGUAAUGCCAAUUCCAAAUCUGGGAAGUCCACAUUUAUGGGUCUACAGUAAUGUUUUCAUUUCUAGAACUAAAUUACUGUCACUUCGAUUGUAAAUAGUCCCCUUAUGAUAUAUAUACUUUAUAUGUGCACCAUUUUCUUAUG